AUGACCCAGCAGCAACCCGAAUCGUCACGGCCCCCGGUCAGGGCAUUGGCCUUCAUCCGAAGACUCUUCAGCGGCGAGAAAGAGAAACCGCUGGAUGCCAACCUGCCCGUGCCACCCGCAAGGCUGGCCUCUACGCGCCCCAGCCAGCGGACGAUCCUCAGGCACCAGUCAGAGAAGGAGUACGCGCUCGAUCUCGCGCCAGAGUCCGUCCACGAUGCCAUGCUACCGUCCAUUGACCCCGGCGUCUUCGACAAUGAGAUGCUGAAACAGAAGCUCUACCCGGCCAUCGAUCCCGGCAACGAGUCUCCCGUCCAAGAGCCCGAGGGCAACAUCGUGGAGGGCACGUACCUGGGCACCCAGACCUUCGCAUCGCUGUUCGACGUCCUCGGGAUCGAGGCCGCGCUGCCGAGGUACCGUAGCCUUGAACAGCAGAAGGAACUUUACCAGUGGUCCGCGUAUCCCACGAACGCCGACGGAACCCCCGCUCAGUAUCCCCCACACCUGCAGCACAUACCGCAGGGAGAGGCGGUCAGUCCGCUCCGCAUCUUCAGCGCCAUCGGCCUGGUCGAGACGCAGGUGCUACUGCAGAAAAUCACGCCGGACAAGGACGGGAUCCUCGGGAGGACCAAGGAAUGGCUCCUCGCGAGGGCGCAGGAAGCCGCCUUCGGCGGCGCGCCCGAGCGCGGAGUCAAGAUCCAGGACGUCGUCGACUACAACAAGUACCACCGCAAGUUCGGCACCGACAUCGCCGGCGGCGGCAACAUCGGCUUGCUGGACGACUGGUUCGGCGACCGCCGCUUCGCCGACCAGCAGUUCACCGGCACCAACCCCACGACCAUCACGCAAGCCACGCCGAGGUGGAUCGCCGAGUUCUCAGCAGCCGCGAAGGCCGGCAACUACGACAAGUGGGUUGCCGCGCUGGCGAAAGCCGACCCCAAGUCGCUCUUCGUCCAAGACGGCAGCUACUUCCGCAAGGCGGUCGGCGAGCCCGACCCGGCGGCCGUGCUGCACCACCAGCAGCCCGGCAGCGACGAGUGCUGGACCGUGGGCGCGGUGAGCCUGUUUCAGCUGCACGAGGACGGGAAGCUCCACCCGGUGGCCAUCUGCAUCGACUACAAGGGAAGCAUGGACAAGUCCGUGACCAUCUUCAACCGCCGGAUGACGCCGCGGGACUCGACCCGGGGCGAGAAGGACGACUGGCCGUGGCGGUACGCCAAGACGUGCGCGCAGGUGACGGACUGGACGCGCCACGAGCUGGGCGUGCACCUGACGCUCGCGCACUUCGUCGAGGAGGCCAUCAUCGUGGCGACCAACCGCACGGUGCCCAUGGACCACCCGGUGUACCGGCUGCUGCACCCGCACUGGUCCAAGACGCUGUCGCUCAACGCGGCGGGGCGGUCGACGCUGGUGCCGCAGCUGGCCGUCGAGGUGGUGGGCAUCAGCCCGGCGCAGUGCUACAGCUUCCUGCGCGACGCCUACGACACGUACGACUUCGUCGGCAGCUACGUGCCCAACGACCUGCGCCGGCGCGGCUUCCCGGACACGCAGGAGGGGCUCAGCCACCCGCGGUACAGGAACUACGCGUACGCCAAGAACGCGCUGGGCCUGUGGACGGCGCUGCGCGCGUACGUCGACGCGAUGCUGCGCAUCCGCUUCCCCGACGACGCCAGCGUGGCCGCGGACGGCCACGUGCAGGCCUGGGCGGCUGAGAUGCGCGGGCCGGCGCGCAUGCCGAGCUUCCCCGAGCUGAGGACGCGGGCGGCGCUGGUCGACGCCGUGACCAUGUGCAUCCACAUCGCCGCGCCGUUCCACAGCGCGGUCAACUACCUGCAGAACUUUUACCAGGCCUUCGUCGCCGCCAAGCCGCCGGCGCUGUGCGCGGCGCCGCCGACCACGCUGGCGCAGCUGCGCGGGUACGCCGAGGCGGACCUCGUCGCCGCGCUGCCCAUCAACCGGCCGCGGCAGUGGCUGCUGGCCGCGCAGGUGCCCUGGCUGCUGAGCUUCAAGGUCGAGCCGGGCCGGAGCCUGCUCAACUACGCGGCCAGCCAGUGGCACAUGCACAAGUGCAAGCGGGACGAGGCGGACCGCCAGGUGAAGUCGGCGAGCGAGCGGCUGUAUCAGGAUCUGCAGCGGCUGCAGACCGUGUUCUAUCGCAACAGCAAGGCCAUGGACAAGGGGAGCAUUCCGUAUAUGGUGCUGGAUCCGGGCUUGACGGCCGUUUCGAUCCUGAUUUGA